UGAGAGUAGCGAGGGGAGGGGCCGUGGCACCGAGGUCUCUGCGGCGGCUGGGGCUUUGGUGGGCAGCUCUAUCCGCUGCAUGGUUGGCUGUCGGGGCUGCCGCUUCCGCUCUUGGCUGGAGAGGGAGGCGAUGCGGAGCGGCAGGCCGCUGGGGCGAGCCGGGCUGGCGCUGCUCCUCAUGUCCGCCGUGCCCUGGGUGAUGCCGGGGCCCGCCGCCCCCAGGGACCAGCCCCGGCCCAACGUGGUGCUGGUGGCCUGCGACUCCCUGGAUGGACGCUUAACAUUUUAUCCAGGAAAUCAGACUGUGGAUUUGCCUUUCAUAAAUUUUAUGAAAAGAUAUGGCACUGUCUUUCUCAAUGCCUACACCAAUUCUCCAAUUUGUUGUCCUUCCCGUGCAGCUAUGUGGAGUGGUCUUUUCACUCAUUUAACAGAGUCUUGGAAUAACUUCAAAGGUCUUGAUCCAGAUUAUGUAACAUGGAUGGAUCUCAUGGAGAAGCAUGGCUACAACACACAGAAGUAUGGGAAAUUGGACUAUACUUCUGGACAUCAUUCAGUAAGCAACCGUGUGGAAGCUUGGACUAGGGAUGUUGACUUCCUGCUCCGGCAAGAAGGGAGGCCCAUGGUAAAGCUCACUGGUGACAGGAAGCAUGUGAGAGUGAUGGAAGCAGAUUGGCAGAAUACUGAUAAAGCAGUAAAUUGGAUAAAGGAGGAAGCCACUAACCUUAGUCAACCAUUUGUUCUUUACUUGGGACUAAAUUUACCACACCCAUAUCCAUCACCUUAUGCAGGAGAAAAUUUUGGAUCCUCUACAUUUUUAACAUCUCCCUAUUGGCUUGAAAAGGUAACUUACGAAGCUAUUAAAAUUCCCAAGUGGUCUUCUCUUUCUGAGAUGCAUCCAGUAGACUAUUACUCCUCUUACACCAAGAAUUGCACAGGAGAGUUUACAAAUCAAGAAGUAAGAAAUAUUAGAGCAUUUUAUUAUGCUAUGUGUGCAGAGACAGAUGCCAUGCUGGGUGAGAUUAUUUCAGCUCUGAGAGAUACUGGGCUUCUUGAAAAAACAAUCGUUAUAUUCACUGCAGACCAUGGUGAACUUGCUAUGGAACACCGGCAGUUCUAUAAAAUGAGCAUGUAUGAAGGAAGUUCCCAUGUUCCUCUCUUAGUUAUGGGGCCAGGUGUAAAAGAACAGCAGCAAAUACCAAAUAUGGUGUCUCUUGUGGAUAUAUAUCCUACUAUGCUUGAUAUAGCAAGAAUUCCUGCCCCACGGAACCUCAGUGGAUAUUCCCUUAUACCACUGCUACAUGGAAAGGCUGAAAGCGAAGUAUCACCCAACAGGCCUCGGCCCUCGUGGGUGUUGAGUGAGUUCCACGGGUGCAAUGUGAAUUCUUCCACAUACAUGCUUCGAACUGGUAGAUGGAAAUACAUUGCCUACUCAGAUGGCCAUUCAGUACUUCCACAACUGUUUGACCUUACUGCCGAUCCAGAUGAGCUAACUAACGUUGCCAUCAAGCUCCCAGCCAUUGCACGUUCCUUGGACAAGAUACUCCACUCUAUAGUAAACUACCCAAAGGUUUCUUCUUUGGUUCAGGAGUAUAACAAAAGACAGUUUAUCAGUUGGAAACAAAGUUUGGGUCAGAAUUACUCAAAUGUUAUUGCCAACCUUAGGUGGCAUCAAGACUGGUUAAAGGAACCAAAAAAAUAUGAGAAUGCAAUUGACAAGUGGCUUAGUCAAAGUAAGUAAAACCAAGCUAGAUUUAAUAUGACUGGGGAUACAAAAACAUUCUAUAUUUGUAGUAUUCUGUUGUAUUGUGUCAGAAAUACUGCCUUGUAUAAGCUGUUGAAAGCAAAGAUGCCCAAAUAAUUACCCCUUUGUGUUAGAAGGGCAAAGGCAUUUGAUAUAAUUAGCCAGCACAACGAAUACAGAUUUUUACAUGCCAAAAUUCUGUAACUCUUAGCUAUACAUAGGAAGAAUAGUACAUAAGUACUAAUUGCUGGUAUGGAAUAUUUCUCUGGUUGCAAAAAUGCAUGGCAUUAAGCACUGGAACUCAACAGGAAUUUUCAUUUCUAAGGACAGACUAAAGCGAGUGUAGUGGGAUAAUAAUUACAGUCAAAUGUGCUGGAGUCAACUUUCCAUCAAGAUGGAUUUUAAGUCCACAACAAAUACACAUUCGUGCGCCUUAGGGAACCUAUAGCAGUUAAAAUAUAAUCAAAAGUUAGCCACUAGUUUUGGUCUGGACAUAGAUGCUGUUUAUUUAGGUACUUAUUAUGUCAGCAUUCCUGCCUUAUACGUGAUCGAUUCUCCCAUCUUUCCAAGAUCUGCUUUCCAAUCUCUUGCUUUUGGAUCUGGUACUUAACCCUCCUUACUGCUUAAAGUUUCAUAAUAUGCAUCGGCUACUUAUUGAACAUGUGUGCCAGUGAAGAGGAUUGUGGUCUGUGGUCACUGGCAGAAAUUAAAAACCAACAAAACAAACCCCUCUGACAAGACCAUGAGCAGAAGAGUUCUCUGAAAAGUGGUACUGUGAUUUGCAUAGCAUAGGAUGGAAACUGCUUGAAUAAAUCCCCGUGAUGGUGUUAAAUUCUGCAGGUAAGCGUGUUAAUGUGCAUCAGCCAGUGGAGAACCAGGACCUGCAGUGUCUGUAGACGAGGCCAAAUUGAAGCUUGUAGAAAAAAAGUGAACACAAAAAUGCUAUUUUACAUUUUUCCAGGGAUAGAACAACAACAACAAAAAAAACCAAAGCCAUUCUGGAAGACAGUAAGAUUUAGCUAGCAAAUCUUCUGCUUAGGGAAGAGUGGAAUUGUAGCUGCGCUUAUGUUUGCUUAUUCUUGAUCACUGUUGUUGCUGCUAUAGUAACACUUCAGAACAGUUAUCUUCAUACUUCUAAGUUUUCUGGAAUCUGUAGUGAAAUGCUCAGCAGUAGCAGUGACCUAGAAAAGAUAAACAUGAAAAAUAAAUGUAUUUUCUGAUGGCUAAGCACUCUGCAUGCAUUUUGUAAACUUCUUGCCACACUAGAAUUAGGUACAUAUUUAUGAAUCUUAGCUAUUUUGCAUAUUUUUUUGGUAGGCAAGAAGUAAUCCUUUUUAAAAGCCCUUCAAACACUGUAGCAUGUGUCAUUAUAAUUCUUGCCAAAAUGAGAUCAGAUAGUGGUGAAAUUAUUGAAACAAAAAACUUGUCUCAGCAGUGUAAUGUAAACCAAGUGUAUAAGUAGGGAAAACAAAUAUAUCUAUAUGAAGGCUCAUUCAGAGGGAAAAGAAUAAAUAAACUGAUCACUUUCCAGAGGUCUCAAUGGAACACAGUGCAUCAUACAGAAUACAGCAAAAUAAAGUACUGGUGAAAUGGG